CCCACUCACACCACCACGGUCACAUCAUAGUUGUGCAAUAUAGAAGUUCAUAAACUUGCUGCUUUUUUUUUUAAAUUGUUUAACUUGCAACGACGCCCGGCGGUGCGACCGAGACAGCAGUAUAGCGUGUGGCAGCUCCAGCAAGCGAUUAUUUAAGCCAAGAUAUAUUAAAUAUCUAUAGUCCGAUUUAGCUCCCCCUCGAUAUAACCCUCGAUUUUCAGCGAACAAAAUGUUGCGCACCCUGUCACGCGUUAGCGAAUUGCCAAUUAUUGUUAAGCAACUGCAAAAACGCAGCCAUAACAACAACAUCGCCAGCGGAAAGAACAACAACAACAGCUAUGGAAUGCAACAUUGCAGAUAUUCAUCGUCGUUUUUCGGUUUAUUCCAGAAUGCAGCACAGGCUGGCGUUACGAAAACCAACAAUUAUGCCACGGAAGCCACCGUUAAAGUGAAUCGGCCCUUCAAGCUGCAUCGCCUGGACGAAGGACCCGCCGAGGAAGUGAAACUGACCAAGGAUGAGGCCCUCCGUUACUACACACAGAUGCAAACGAUCCGGCGACUGGAAACGGCUGCCGGUAAUCUGUACAAGGAGAAGAUCAUCCGUGGCUUCUGUCAUCUGUACUCUGGCCAAGAGGCCUGUGCCGUUGGCAUGAAGGCGGCCAUGCGGGAUGUGGAUAAUAUUAUUUCGGCCUACCGUGUCCAUGGCUGGACCUACCUGAUGGGUGUCUCACCCAGUGGUGUGCUGGCCGAACUGACCGGUGUCCAGGGUGGCUGUGCCCGCGGCAAAGGUGGCUCCAUGCACAUGUAUUCACCGAAUUUCUAUGGCGGCAAUGGCAUCGUUGGUGCCCAAGUGCCCCUGGGCACUGGCGUUGCUCUGGCCUGCAAAUACAAGGGCAAUGGUGGCAUGUGCCUGGCUUUGUAUGGUGAUGGUGCCGCCAAUCAAGGACAAGUGUUUGAGGCCUACAACAUGGCCUAUCUGUGGAAGCUGCCAGUGAUCUUUGUCUGCGAGAAUAACAAUUAUGCCAUGGGCACUAGCACGGAGCGUGCCUCCUGCAACACGGAUUACUAUACACGCGGCGAUGCUUUGCCUGGCAUCUGGGUGGAUGGCAUGGAUGUGCUGGCCGUGCGCAGCGCCACCGAGUUUGCCAUUAACUAUGUGAAUACUGUGGGUCCUUUGGUAAUGGAAACUAAUACAUACCGUUAUUCUGGUCACUCGAUGUCGGAUCCUGGUACGUCCUACCGCACCCGCGAGGAGAUUCAGGAAGUGCGCCAAAAGCGUGACCCCAUUACCUCCUUCAAGGAGCUGUGCAUUGAGCUGGGUCUGCUGUCCGCCGAUGAGGUCAAGGCCAUUGACUUGAAAGUGCGCAAGGAGAUUGAUGAGGCCACUGCCUUUUCCAAAACCGAUGCCGAGCUGGGUGUUAGCCAUCUCUGGACGGAUGUCUACUCCAAUUGCCUGGAGAGCAAGCUGCGUGGCACCAUCUCCUACAAUUUGGAUCACAUCCAAGAGCGCAAGGGUGUCAAUCACUAAGCACCUAACGAAUUCACACACACAAAAAACAACCCACAACAUCAACACCCACAAAACCUAAACAAAAGGCAACUCUAACCGAAAGACAGGACAGACUUAGACACAAGCGAAAUCUCUAGCUAUUAAGCCGAAUGUUUGAAAAGGAUGAGAACACCAGAUAUUGGAUGAUAAAGAGGAGUAUGUACCCCCCCACGUAGUCAACCCAAAAAAGCUUAGCUAAACGGAGGAGCACACCCAUAUUUGUAGUGUAGCCACAACCACAUAACUCACUGGGGAAACUGCAUUGGAUAUUAUAUUACGAGCGUGUUCAAUAAUGGAUAAAGCCAGGUGUAAAUUGUUGAAAAUAUACUAAAAAUAAAAUACCUAGAAAAAUUAA